CAGCAGACAGAUCAACCGCAGCAGCAAGGUCAGCAGCAGGGACAACAACAGCAAGGUCAGCAGCCGCAGCAGCAAUUACAGCAACAAGAUCCAGCGGCAAGUACAGCAAAUAACAACAAGAACUGCAAGAGUAAGUGCUUUACUCUACAGCUGGGUAACACAGAAUGUAAGAUCAUUUGUGAUCCUCCAUCCAUUGAACAGCCAACACAGUCCCCUUAUGGGCUCUAUCCACAGCAGUACGGUCAGCAGUAUCCUUAUGGAGCCCAGAUGCCAUCACCCUGCAUCCCUCCUGCCUGUCAGCCCAGUCAGUACCCCGGUUACAUGUCGGCUCAGCCAUAUCCUGCAGCUGGAGCCUAUCCUGCUGCGGCUGCAAGCACCUCACCUGUUCAGGAAGGCUGCGUAGGACGGUCAUGUGACAAAAAAGAGCCACAGUCUGAUAAACCGGCUGAAGAAAAACAGGAAAAACAAGAUAAACCGGCUCCUCCUGCCCCAAAGCCUGCCCAAGCUCCGUCUCCAUACACUUUCCAGACUCCCGGCGCAACAGUUGUGAUGGAUCCAAUCAGUAUCAGUCAGCAGCCUGAGCCUCAGAAACCAGUUGCUCCAAUGAUCCCGGGUCAGAUCCCAAUGGCGAUGCCUCAGCCUCAGCAGCCUCAAGCAUACGCUGUUCCCCAGGCCUCCCCUCAGGUCCCUUAUUCCAUUUCCAUCUCAGGAGUGGCUGCACCGCCAGCGCCAGCCCAGCCCCAGGGCGCCGCACUUGCACAGCACUUCAAGCCUAUGCCUAAUAACUGUCAGGAUUAUAGCACGCCAAGAUGUCGCGUCUUCCUCGAUUGGCCCACAGAUGAGCGUAAUGAAAUAAAAGCUUCACUAAGAUUCAAACAAAACUGGCACAAUGAUUACAAGCGUCCAUCUUCAACAAAGUACAAGAUCUUUGCUACUGAGGUGGAGAAAGCGAUAAAAGACGUUUACACCCAAGACAAGAAUUUUAGAGAGGUCAAAGUUACCAGCUUUAGCGAGGAAGACAUGAAGGUAGCAGCCAAUUUCCUUAUUGAGUUUGCUCAGCCAGAGUACAGCGCACUGAGAUAUCUUUCCCGCGCUAUCUCCGAAAACUACCUGCAAAGCAUGCCGGUUUUCAAGAAUACGUUGCUGAGGGAAGGUAUCGCGCAUCGUCACCGAUCAAUUGUAGCCACUCAAAAGGAACUGGAUGCUGUUCCUAAAGUCAAAGUUGUGAGCAGCCAUAAACAAGAAGAUGAAAUUUUGACAACUUUGUCAAGCGCCUACCUGGGAUGCUACAGAGAUAAAAAACCCAAUCGUGAUCUAGGAAAACAGUUCACAAAGUAUGAAAUGACACCCGAGUGGUGUGUUGGCAAGUGUAAGCUGGGCGGUUACAAAUAUGCAGGGCUACAGUAUGGAUAUCUGUGCUUCUGUGGCGAUAGGUUUGGAACCUACGGCAAGGUUGAUGACGCUGAAUGCGACAGUUUAUGUUUUGGUGAUAAGACAAGAUAUUGUGGAGCUUUCUGGCAUAAUUCUAUCUUUUCUGUCGAUCGCGAAAAACAUGAACCACCUGCAAAAGAUGAGCCUGAAGAGCAGGAAGACAGUGGAUCAGGGGAAUCUGUGGAAGAGCCAGAGGACAAAUAUGUACCAGAGCACACUGAAGUUGCUAAUCAUCUCAUGAAAGCUGCGGAAGCUGCCCUGAAAGCUGCCAAGAAAUUGCUACCACAUGCUGAUCAUGGCAAAUCCAAACGCGCACCAGAUGAAGAAUUUCAGAUGCAAAGUGAAGAUGCACUCAAUUCACUUGAUGAGGCCGAGAAAUUGAUGGAAUCAAAGGAUGCGUCCCUUCAAUCAACGACUAAAGAGAAACGAGACGCAGAGGGGGAUGGUCGGGAUCUUCUGGUAGCUUACUUGAGUGACGUAGGAGGCUACGACAGAAAUUAUCGUGAUGUUGGAGAUGAGGACGAAAAUAGUUCAUUAGAGUCCAACGACAAAAAGCAAAAGGUUGAAUACCGAAGAAUGGUUAUUGAUGAGUCAGGAGAUGGAGAAUUUGUCGAGAAAUCAAAGAACAAGGAACUGAAAGCCAGAAAGCGCCGAGAGGUCGCGGAGCCAUGGGACGAGAGCUUUGACGGACCAAAGAAAAUGGCUUCCAGGGCAGCUCCGGUCGAGACAGCAUCAAAGCGUAACGUUAUUCCAGUUUCCCUAGGUGAUACUGAAGAUGACUUGACCAUGCUCAAUGAUGCUUCGGGUGAGGAUAGCAUGCUUGAAGCCAAACGAAGCCAAACUUUUCAGCCAUUAACAUCGGAAGAAAGCUCGAGCGCGGCUGAAUCCGGCAACGGGGCUGAUGCUGCUAUUGAAUCUGGUGACAUGGAUGUAUCUGAUGAGCAAUCCGGGUUUGAAAACCAGGAAGCUGACGAACCAGAGGAGUCAGGCGAUAUUGCUCAGUCUGGGAAGACAGACUUACGAGAGGAAUCUGGAGAAAAGGCAGAUGAGGAAGAGAGCAAGGAGACAAAUUCCGCACGUGUUGUCAGGGCAGUUGAAAGCGAGAAUGAUAAAGUCUCUUUGUCUCGGCAUCGUAGAGAACUGCCGGAAGUUUUGGAUGAAGAAGAUAAAGCAAAGGAGAGAUCCAAGAGACAAGAUUUCAUGUUGAAUGACCAAAAAAUCAAUAAGAUGCAGGACCAGGUCACUCAAGGAGUGGACAAUGUAAUGGGCCUGAUACUAGACAUAUAUCAGUCGAAGAGGACUCUGGCGAGAUUGGGGCAGGUUAUUAGCCAAUUGAAACAAAAUGUGAUGCAACAGAUGGAUGUGCCUGUUGGACAGAGAGAUCAAGCAAGGAACAAGCUCAGAAAUACCGUUCGACACACUCUAGUGCAUAAAAUUAACGAGCUUGCUCAGUCAAUUCGACAAGAAGUUGAAGAUUAUAAGCAGAGUCACCAAGCAGUAAGCCAGCAAGCCAAGGAGGCCAUCUCAGCUCUCUUGGACAUUCCCGUUUUCCAAGAUAAAGUUAACAACUUAAAAAGCUCAAUCAAGAAAAGAGCUGCAGAUAUUGAGAAAGAAUACAAGAAAGCCAAGAGAGGCAGCGAAGAACUUCCAAGUAUUUUAAAAGAACACUUCAAGAGAAAUGCUCCUGCUGAUGUAAAAGGGGAGAAGAGGCUUUCACGCUCUCACAGAGAUUUGAAUCUAUGAAAGAAAUCACACAGUUGCAGCGGUGACACCUCGAUGCACUUAAAUUGCGUGCUUCUAGUAAUAGAUCGCGAUGAAAAAUCUUUGAUGCAAUUUGGGAGUGUUCAGCGUGGGAAGGAAAGCUUAUGGAGACUUUGUGAUACUUUUUAACCGAUUAGACGAACAUGUAGACAACUACAUGAGAAUUUUACAUGGGAGAAUAUCGCAAGGUUUAUUUCAGAUGUUUCGGAAGAUCAUCUCAUGACCUCAUCAAGUAAUCUCAUCAGUUUCUUUUCGUCAACUGUAUAGUAGUAGCUCUCGUUCGUUCAAAUUUUUCUUUGCGUGAACGUCCUACUUUUUCUGCGCUAUAACCCUCCAAGGAUCUGAUAAUGAACCUUGAAGAAAACAGAUUACAAAUGAAAGUGAGAAAUUUCAUCACCUCGCCUUAAGGGCUCCAGCAAUUAGCACUUUGAAAACUAGUGUUCCAUCGGUUUUAAAGAUUGGUUUUUACCAGUUAUGAUACUCAUUAUACAAUGGAAACUCCAUGAUAUUGUGUGGGACACUGAGACACGCUCUACUGAGACAAUUUUACGGAGCUUACCAUAGAAGUUUACGUACACUUGUCUAAUUGUAACACCCCACCCCAACUUUCCCUCUCCCCAAAGACACACACCCCUUUCAACAGCUAAGUAUAUUACACAUCCAUUCAUCGUCAUUUUUCUAUUUGCAAUUUACGGAACAGUGGGUGACAUAAAAACUUUUGCAAUUGAUGUCUCUCUGCACGGGGUACUCCAACACUCACUCUGAAGAGUUCACUUCUUCCUUGUAAAAUGUAUUGGGUGAUGGUUUUCACAGCAUAUUCAUAGGAUUUCUUUGUUCAUUGGUCUGUUUUCUCGUCAUUUAUUAUUCGGCUAAAAGCCAGUUACACAGUCUAUCAUCUUUUUCUUGGCAACUGUAUUGACCUAGGAUAAUCAGAAACGUAUCUAGCAAAACGCAAAUUCCAUGACUUAGUUUUGCUGAGAUGAAAUAAAUUGUACAGUCUUGAUUUCUUGUUAUUGACUUAAGCAUGUGAUUAACGAUAAAGAAAAACGUUAUUUUAUUUUAUCAAA